CCCACUCCCAGCAUGAGAAGGCUCUAAGGCCCAAAUAUAUAAAAGGACAGAGAGACCCUUGUUUCUAAGAAAUUUCCCUACCUCUUUCCAUCAAUCAUGCCUCUCAUGAUUUCUACACUAGCUUUGUGACACUCGAGUUCUUAAAGAAAGAACAUUUCACCAGUUAACAAAACCCCCCAACUUUGUCCUACUAUAUGGGCUACAGUUGUGAGGAAGUUUAAUUUUUGUCUCUACAAGUCUUCAUAUUUUAAUCCCUCUGAGACAUGGGUAACAUUGUAUAGAGUUCUGCUAUUUACAUAAGUGGUAUUAAUAUAUGGGCUGGGAAAUAGAAUUUAUGAAUCAACACAGUCGUUAAUAUUGAUCAAUAAACCAAGUUCUGUCUCUGUCUGCUUUUCGUAUAUAAACCAAGUUCGUUCUUAAUUUUGGUUGUAAAUCUUGCAAUACCGUGUUCCUCACUUUCUCCAAGAGACUCAGAAGUUGGCCCCAGGUUGUCACAAUGGGAAGUAUUGCGAAGACUUGCCUAAGGUCAUUGUUGAAAGUUGCGAAUUCCGCUAUGGGUAUUGUGGGGAUUAUGCUGAUUCUGUAUAGUUGUUGGAUGAUUAGAGUUUGGCAGAGAGAUUCAUCCUAUGUUGAUUAUAGUUCUACUGGUCCAUGGUUCAUGUACACUUUUCUUGGAAUUGGUGUUACCAUGGGUGUGAUAACUUGCCUAGGCCAUAUUGCUGCCGAUAGUGCACACGGUUACUGCCUCUCUUGUUAUGUGGUGAUUAUCAGUUUUCUUCUACUAUUGGAAACUGCAAUGUCAGCAGAUAUACUCCUGAAUUCUGACUGGGAAAAGGAUUUGCCCGAGGAUCCAACUGGGAGGUUCCAUGACUUCAAAGAUUUUGUGAAGUCAAACUUCGAUUUUUGCAAAUGGAUAGGCUUUAUGAUCAUCUUAGCUCAGGGAUUUUCUAUUCUGUUGGCAGUAGCUCUGAGAACUCUAGGGCCAUCCUAUUAUAACUAUGAUUCUGACGGGGAUUAUGCUCCCGAGAGGCUUCCGCUCAUAAACGAUAAAGUUCAACCUCCACCUUACGUUAAGGAUCUGUCUGAUCCUCGUUCUGCCAUCAAUUAUAACACCUGGAAUGCAAACAAGUGAAGAGACCAGUGGAAGGUUUUCUACUAAGGAGCACAUGAGAGAUGGAGAAGAGUUAUCAUUUUGGCACUUGAUAGUGAGUUUGAUGUUUAGGUGGAGUUGAGGAAGGCUAGAGGACUCUGAUAUAAGCGAAGAUGAUGAAAUUUUGGUUGAAUGUGCGCCCCUAGAGCUUUUAUAGUGGAUGUAACAAUGUAUAAGCAACACUUUAUAAGUAACAAUGUAUAUGUAGCACUUGCAUGUUAAUGUUUGUUUCUAUUUUCCUUACGAUGCAGUCUAGGAAGUUCAUUGCGGAAAAAUCUCCCUUUAAACUUUUCUUGUAAAUCAAAUAUUGACAAGUGGUGUGGAAUGUGUGUUCUCCA